CAAACAUGUGAAUUUUUUAAAGAAGAAUAUUGGAGUUCAUUUCAAUAAACCUGCUUCACCUUACGUGCUCAUUCUAAAUAGAAGAUAAUUAAAGAUUAAACAGUAUUAUAAUAAGUUAUAUAAAAAUUUAUAUAUUUUCCUUCACCAAUGUUUAUUUCCUAAAAUUUCCAGCAUGGCGCGAGGUUUUCAGUGUUUACCAUUCAGGAAGAAACAGAAGAAACAACGUAAACUCGAUACAUCAAUCUCUAAUGAUGAGAAAUCAAACUUAAUAACAAAUAAUAACGAAGACAAACAAAAAAAUUCAGCAAGCUUUAAUAAAAAUGCUUCAAAAAUCUCUUUUUUUCGUAAACGCGGGAAAAAUGAAGAUGAGGAGAAACUGCUGUGUGGUGAUAAGGUUCAAACACGCAGUUCUACUGAUGAGAUAAUUUCAGACAAAUGCAAGAAAGACCAGCAUGAAACGUCAAUAAAAGAUGUCAAAACAAUUGGAAAUAUAACUUCUGAGAAUGCAAAUGAAGCCAAUAAUGACUUUGACAGCCUCACAGACGAUGUCUUCUCGACCACACAGGACAAUGCUCAGCCUCUUACUCGAACACGUCGACCUGUAUCUUCAGAUGGUAGACCAAGCUUAUGGAAGAGAUUAUCUUCCUCAUUGGCGCAGGAGGAGGAUAAUUUUAAAUUUGUAGAAGAAUUAGAUCUCACGCAGUGUCAAGAGGUUUUAUUAAAACCUUCAACGAAAAAUUACACCCGUUUGAACAUAUGGUUAAAAAAGUGUUCCGAUGAGUGGCUUAGUAAAUUUUUAGAGCAUAAUUGCCUGUAUAUGAUAUUUUCUGCCUUAAACGUUCUAAGUGGGAGACAAUACCAAGAGUUCGGUGAUGCAGUGCUGCAGUUGGAUCUAGUACGGAGUAUAAAGAACAUUUUGAACAAGCAAGUUGGAAUGAAAUAUUUAAUUAAAGACGACAAUGAUCUCAUUUUUGAAAUGGCCCUGGCCUUGGAUACUGGAAAUACAAUGGUAAAGAAACAAGUCCUGGAAAUGCUGUCUGGUAUAUGUCUUUACAGUAACCGUGGUUACGAGUUAGCACUCUCCUCCUUGGAGUACUUUAAGAAUGAGAAAAGUCAACGAUAUCGGUUUAGCAUACUUAUCAACGAAUUUAAAAAUGCAGAGCUGUUAGCGUACAAAACUACCAUCGUAGCAUUCAUCAACGCCAUUUUAAUGUCUACUAUAGAUUUCAACGAACGAAGAAAUAUUAGAAACGAAUUUAUCGGUCUUGGCCUGUUGGAUCUGCUAACAGCUCUAAGAUAUGAAGACGAAGAAGGGCUAUACAUCCAAAUUACCGUUUUUGAUGAACAGAAACAACAAGAUGAUGAAAUUAUGGUAACCUCAGAUGGUUUGGAUCUAAACGAUCACCAACAAGUAUUUCGAGCAGUUUUUGACCAAGUGGCUGACAAACCAGUGGCAAACAAUUUGUUGACCAUUUUACAGAGCUUACUAAUGAUUGAGGCCGACAAUGAAUUUCAGGACACAGCAUGGCAGACAGUGGAGGAUGUGGUUGUGAGAGCGGUAAUGGUAAACAAUGAAGCUCAAGCGAAACUGUGUAAACAACGGGCUGAUUUCGCUGUUAAAAAAAUGUCCCAGUCGUUAGAAUUGUUCAGUCAUAAAAACACACAAACUGAUAAUGUAAAAGUGGAAACUGACGCACCUCAACACAAAGAAACUCAAACUAUAGAAGUGCCUGCAUCCAUCAAGAUUCCUGCAGGUGCUGUUGGAUUACCUGGAUUACGUCCUAUGCUUGAUGCACCCACUACAGGACCACCCCCUCCGCCUCCUCCACCUCCACCACCUUUUCCAGGUGCGCCUACUGAGUUUUUUGAAGGGCCGCCACCACCUGCACCGCCACUACCACCCUCAAUUGGAGGAGCACCACCACCUCCCCCUCCACCACUACCAGGUGGAGGCCCACCGCCACCACCUCCACCACCAGGAGGGGGACCUCCACCACCACCUCCGCCACCGCCAUUAGGAGGAGGACCACCCCCUCCACCACCUCCACCUGGAUGUGGACCACCACCUCCACCGGGAUGUGGACCACCACCUCCACCGGGAUGUGGUCCACCUCCACCACCUGGAUGUGGACCACCCCCACCACCUGGUCUUGGAGGCAUGAAUACUGCAACGGAUGGUCCGCAAAAAGCAUCAAAACCAGCGUUUACACCGAAGCAAAAAAUGAAGAAGUUGCAGUGGAAUAAAAUUCCUGGACAUGUGCUGAAGCGAAGUACGAGUAGUGUGUGGAAGAAAGUGAUCGAAAUUAAUGAUGGUGUCGAGCCCGAUUACAAUAUGGAAGAAGAACUUUUUUGUCAAAUAAAUAUAAAGAAAUCUGACAAGAAGGAAGAGAAAAAGAAAGAACCUAAGGAAAUUGCCAUCUUAGAUGGAAAGCGCAGUAUGAAUGUCAACAUUUUCUUGCGCCAGUUUAAAGGAGGAAGCGAUCAAGUCAUUCAAUGGAUCACAGACGGGAAUAGUUCAGAACUGGGAGGUGAUAGAUUGAAAUGUUUAGAAAAACUUUUGCCUGACACGUCUGAAAUCGAUCAAAUAAAAUCAUUUAAAGGAGAAAAGGCGAAACUUGGACCUGCUGAAAAAUUCUUCUUAAGACUUCUCGAAGUAUCUAGUUAUAAAUUUCGAAUCAAGGGCUUAAUAUUAAAGGAAGACUUCAUGAUCUCGAAAGAAAGUCUGGGACCAAAUAUUGAAAUAAUGACACAAGCCAUCGAUGAUAUUUUGUGCAACGAGACACUUCCAGAAAUGUUGAAUUUGAUUUUGAGAGUUGGAAACUUUAUGAAUCAUGGUUCACAUGCGGGUAACGCAGAGGCUUUUAAAAUCACAUCUCUACUCAAACUAACUGACACGCGAGCAAACAAGCCCCGCAUGAAUCUGUUGCAUUUUAUUGUACAGAUUGCCGAAGCUAAGAAAGAAGAAAUUCUUGAUUUUCCUUCGAAAAUGAAACAUUUGGAAGCAGCUUGUCGUUUGAAUAUCGAUAAUUUGGAAAAAGAUGUUAAUGCGUUGAAAACAAGUGUCACUUCUACAGAAAAAGCAUUGGCGAACGCACCUGAUGAUGUGAAGAAACAAUUAGGAGAAUUUAUUGAGACGGCUAUCAAAGAAUGCAAAGAGUUGGAAUCUAAAAUAUCUGAUAUACGCAAAUUAAAUGCUGAAUUCGCAGAAUAUUUUUGUGAAGAUCCAAAAAAAUUCUCGCUUGAAGAUUACUUGAAAGUGUUCAAACAGUUUUGUGACAGCCUAAAGAAAGCGAAAGAUGAAAACGAACAAUUCAAGAUUCAAGAAAAGCGAAGACUAGUUCGAGAGCAAAAACAAGCUGAGGAAAAAGCAAGAAAAGAGAAGCUUGGUAUCAAAGAUGACAAACCUAAACUUGGAAAGGGACGAAGACCACCACCAGUGGAGGAGACGUGUAUUAUUGAUAAUUUGAUGAAUGAAAUAAAAAAUGGUUUCCCGCUACGAAAACGUAAUAUGCAAGAUUCUUCGUCGCUUACGAAAAAGAAGACGCCUGAUGCGAAAAAGGAGGCAGGGAAGUCAAAAAAGAAUUGGCAUAAAACGAAAGUACUAGCUGCGUUUUUGAUCACUGGUAAAUCAAAUGAUGAAGAACACACUAACAAUACAGAAAAACUUCAAACAAUUGCUGACGCACCAUCAGAAGUAAAACAAAACGGUGUCAAAGGUUCUGUACCCAUAUUGAAUGGAGAAACCUCUGUACCCGUAUUGAAUGGUGAACUAUCGGAAUCGCAUAAAGAUACGAUAAUAAAAGACGAUUUUCUUAUAAACGGUGAAAAAGGCGCCAUUACAGAAGAUAAAUUGUGUAAUGGAGUCCAUGUUGAAACAGAAAAAAUACCAAACGAAGACGGGGAAGAAGUUGCAUCAUCAGCCGAUGAAGUGUUUGAUAAAUCACUAAUAGAUGUAAUAGAUGGACCAAAAUUAAAUGGGGUGCAUUUGGAAGGUAACCAUGGGGACGAUUACUCGAAUCCGAUUUGUUUAACAGGUGUGAAAGCGUCAGAAAAAACUGUAACCGCUGAUGACGUCAUACCGGUAGAAAAAGAGUCUGGUGAUAAAUCACGCACUCAAUCCGUAGGGGUUUUAACACCUGACUUUGAGGCGCAACAUGACUACAGUCGUUUUCACGAAGAGGAAUUAACGAAGUUUUCGGAUAAAGUUAUCGCGGUGGAUGAAGCCGUUCCGCUUAUUGAACAACCGGUACGUACAUCGUCUCAGGGUGAUGUUAUAAAAAUAACUCAGGAGGAGGGUGUAGAUGAAAGCUUGACAGGGACAUCAAUUGAUGCAAGUACUACAAUGAGUAAAGCAGAAGUAAGUGAACAAACUAGUUCACCGAAGAAUAAUAAAACCGGUGGAUUAAUUACAGAUGUUGAAGUUCAGCCAAACAGCGUUGAAACUAACUCGCCGGUAGAGACUGAUACGCCGGUAGAGACUGAUACGCCGGUAGAGACUGAUAUGCCCUUAGAGACUGAUACGCCGGGAGAGACUGAUACGCCGGGAGAGACUGAUACGCCGCUAGAGACUGAUACGCCGGUGGAGACUGAUACGCCGGUAGAGACUGAUACGCCGGUAGAGACUGAUACGCCGGUAGAGAUUGAUAUGCGGGUAGAGAUUGAUGCGCCGGUAGAGAUUGGUACGCCGGUAGAAGUUACGCGGGUUAAAGGUGAUAUUUCUGUUGAGCGAAUCAAUGACUCUAAAUAUACAAGUAAGCAGAGCAGUUUCGAGGAUGUUAGUGUAAAAGAAGUGGAUAAUUUGUCGUCGAACACAAAGGGUGAACAAAAAACCAUCUACGAUGAAGAUAUCAUAGUCGAUGUAAAUAGUGAGAAUGUGAACAUAAACACAGAUUCGAAUGUUGUAGAUAAUUUAUCGAACGAUAAGAUAAGUGCAGAAUCACCUGCAGUGAAAGUGGAAAAUAAUGUUUCUUUAAAAAAAAAUGAUGAAAAUCUACAGAAAUCCGCUGACGUAAGUAACGGAUCUUCAAACAAGUUUUUUGAAAAUGCAGAAAAUGUAGGCGAUACUCAUUCUGAAGACGACGAGGAUGAUGAUAAUGAUGAUGAUGAUGAUGAGUAUGACGAUGAUGUUGGAAAAGAACAAACAGAAUCAAAAGUUGGCGACGAAGCAAAUAACGGCAAAGCUACAACGUCAAAUGUGCGACGGAAAAAACUUCACUGUAUCAUGCAAUAACACCAUUUACUUCAACCGUCAUUGGUCACACGGAGAUACAACACUAACCGUAUUCGCCAUGCAUGUAACUAAACACAUCACAUUCCUUUCACAUGCACUUGCUCGCCACCUAUACCAUGUCAACUCUGUAUAACAUAUUUUAUUGCUCACCUGGUACGAAAACCUAAGCUCAUUCCUUUUAUUUUUUGCCUUCCAAAAAGAAAAAAAAAAUUAACGGCAAUAAAAUUCAGCUAAAUGAAUUGUGAAGAUUACUUUUUCGAUGGAAUGAGAACUUGUUAAUUUAUACACUUCAGUCAUGUGACAGCACCAAGUUGCCCAUCAUUUGGACUACAGAUGGAUUUACAAGAUACACCGUCACAAUUCGGCAUGUUGAUUAGCGCAGAAAGAGGCUGUAUCGCCAAAGAUUAGGUGUCCUCGUGUUGUUCAAUUUUCAAUAAAAAUACUUCCGUACGCAAAAGUAGUUUUAAUCCCACAUUUCCUCUUCCGUUUCACCAAAAUUUUAGGAUGUUGUCGAAAAAAAUGACUAGGGUGUUUACACCAAGUAAUUACGGUGAUAAAAGCUCUUUCGCCAUUUUGAAAGACGUUUCUUGCGGGAAUUUGCGGUUUAAGAGUUUCAACUUACGCGAUGCACCUGCACAACACAUGCAUUAGAGGAACGCAUGUAUGCCAGCAUGCAAUGCACGUUCAAAUAAUACGCGAUACAAAUACACACAAAAUUUUUUUUCAUUUUUCAAAGUUUUUCAAUGUUUUCCCUCGAACAAAUUCCACCCUGAAGAGGGUUUAAAAUGUCUUAGAAUGUGCAGGUUAACAUUCUAGGCAGUUUCCUGAACAUUGCAUCUUGUACUCUCGUUAAAUCAACUAUGCACCGUGUUCAGACUGGUUGUAAAUAGUGGAGAUGUGCAAUUAGCGUUUCUACUGCGAUGUUAAUUAAAGCAAAGAAUGUGUCGCUAACAUUGAUAAUUAAAAAUAAUGUCGAUAAUAAAGAUUGAAUAAUGUAGAAGAAACAUGUUGCGUAACUAUCAAGAUAAAUAUUCUAUUUCUGUAUUGGAGUUUUUUC